UCUCGAUAAAUGAGCACAUCUGGCUCAUUAGAAAAGGAAGACUGGCUCGAUUUGGGUGAUCUUAACAAUGCUCCAACAUUUUCACUGGAAGAUGCACUGAAUGAUACAGAAAACCUGAGUGAUCCGUUUUUGGAUGAACAAUUCGCAGUUGAUGGAGAAUUCGGAUCAGUCUCUAAUUUGACAGAAUCGACUGCACACUCUCCAGAUUCACACUCUCUGACAUAUAAACUCGAUUCAGCGUUUGUAAUUCAACCACAUCAAGUAAUAUCCCAUCAAAUUCUCUCAAAUGAAAAGAAGACUGGACGAGUGAUUGCUGUUGCUGAAAGAAAUGGAUGGAUCGCAGUGGUCACAAGUAAAGGACAACUGCUUCUUUUCGAUUUAAAUGGAAAUCUUAAUCAAUUUCAUCGUGGCGAUGAGACAAUGGGAGGAGCAAGCUGUGUGACGUUUUCGUUGGAUGGAAAAUUUCUGGCGAUUGGCUUGCAGAAAGGAGCUAUUAAAAUAAUGACCAUCGACAAUAAGCUCUAUCAUAUGAUUGACGAAGGUGGGCAGCCUGGACAGGGAAUUAUACAAGUUAUCUACACAAAAGACAAUCACACUGUGCUGACUCUCGAUAAUGGUGGAAGUUUUUACGAAUGUACAAUCAGUAAACCUUGGCUUCAAAAACGAAAAGAUAAGCUAAGAUGUCACGUGUCGGGAUGCAAUGGAGAGGUUAUCUCGAUGAAAAUGAUGCCUGGAGAUGUUAUUGCACUUUUAUCAGUUCAUAGGCUAAUUUUCUAUAUUCUGAAACCUCGAGGUCAAAUUCUUGGCAUUUUCCCUAUCAAAUUCGAAUACCAAUUUCCGCCUGCCUGCUCAUUCUGGCUAGGAACUCCGAAAACAGCUAUCAACUCACCGCUAAACUCUCUUUAUUCAACAACUUUGAAAGACUUCCGAGUUUGCAUAAGUCGUGGAAACAAGUUGGCAAUUCUCAGAAUACACGCGAACAACUUUUUCACCAAAUAUCGACGUGCUACCGUAAUCCGACAACUAGAAUUACCAUGCUCACUUGUAAAUAUUCACUGGAUGAGUAAUCACAUGAUUGUUGGAAUCGAUUCAUUUGGAGCCGUUUGGCAAAUUGAUCCUGAAAAGGGGACAGCGAAAAAACAAGAUAUUGAAGAUCUUCAACUAGUCUUUUCAACACCAAUUCUUAAAGGAUCAGCAACAGGAGGAAGAGUCAGUGAAGCAGUAAAAGCUGUUGCAGAAUUCGCAUGUUAUCAAUCUGUGACGUCAGCAACAUCUACUUCAGAACGACUUAUCGUCUUGGCUCACGAUGGUCUCAAAUAUUUGGAGAAAGUUCAUGAAUGGGAGCAAUUAGAAAGAUAUAAAGAACGAAACGAUGUGAUUUCAGCAUCCCUUUAUCUAUUGGAUGUCUGUCGUGAUAAAGUACGAGCCAGUGAGAUGUUCAAACGAGAAUCACAUAGUCUUUUAGCUGAAAAAGCGCACAGUCUUCUAACCGAAACAGUAGCAGGAGUCGGUGGAGGUGCAUUGUCAGAUCUGUUGGCUCAUUACAGAAAAUAUAUUCGAGUUCUACUGAAAGUCUGUAUCACUGGACGACUAUUGGAUUUUCUUUACAUAGCUUGUUGGGAUCGACUAUCUAUGGAUUCUCUUUCGAAAACUGUAUUCUUGGAUCAUCUGGAUGAAUAUGUUCUCGAUGGAGCUCUCAUUGACCCUCCACCUCCACUUGUCAACGAAUAUCUACAACAUCUUGCUGCAGAAGGACAUUUCUCACAGUUUCAGUCAGCAGUUGUUCGCUUUCCAAUUCAUACGCUUGAUCUUCAUACAGUUAUGUCAAUUUGCAAGCAGAAUUCAAUAUAUGAUGGAAUCAUUUAUGUGAAUAACAAGGCACUUAAUGAUUAUAUAACUCCAUUAGAGAACAUGCUGGCAGAAAUGCGAACAUUUGCACAUCGAGACAUGUUUUCGGAUAGCGAACAAAUUCUAGGAAAUAAAGUUCUCGUUUAUCUAAACUGUUGUCUUUCUGGAAUGGCAUAUCCAUUUGGUGCUCUUGAUGAAGAGAAUCGAAAGAGAGUUCCACUUGAAACAUUUCGAUGUAUCAGUUCUUUAAAAGAGAAAGAUGGAAGUGAAUCCGAUGAACAAUAUCCAUAUUUGAGAUUGCUGCUGAAAUAUGAUCCACAACAGUUUCUAAACGUGGUGAGCACUUGCGCAGAUGUUCUUCUUUUUCAAUUGGAUAAUCGGCUACAACGGUUUGUGGAUACGAUAGGACAACUAUGUGUAAAUAUGAAAUGUGAAUUAUCCCUCAUUCACUUUCUCAACCUCGUGGUACAACUCUCCGAGCGAGUUUUGAUAGCUCCACCAAUCGAACAUGUCCAAGAUUCAGUGAUAACUCUACUGAGAAUGUCUCCUUGGGAACAUUCAAGCACGGAAAAUUCAAUUUUAACUGCACUAUACCAUGUGACUCCUGAUGAUAAAAGAAGAAUAAUCCGCGCGGCUCAAAAUCCAAUGCGUCCAACAAUUCUUAGUUUUCUUUAUCUAAAUGAUAGAAAAUUCGAAGAUUUGAUCAAAUGCUACUUGGAAUCGAAUAGUACCGAAGUGUAUUCCUCGAUUGGUGGAAUUCUGAAAGAAGCUGAAUUAACUGAUGAUGAGUCAGCAGAGUUCAGGAAGUAUUUGAUGAGCAUCAUGGAGAAUUUGUUCAAAAUAGAUGGAUGGCUUUGCGCUAACCUUAUCAACGAUCAUUUCCGAGAUGUAAUAGCAUCUAUGGCGAAAAGCAACGAAGAAGAACGGAAAAUGGUAUUCCCGGUUCUCGCUGGAAUUGCACAAUUGAGAAAAGUCUCAAAUCAACCAUCUUUUUGCAAUGACGAUGAACUAGAUGAAAAGCUAUUUGGAAUCGUUUUUGAAGGAAUCUGUAAAGGAUGGCCAAGCUGGAUGCCAUCAUCUGAAGAUCCAGAAUAUGCUGAUCGCCAACUCAUUGCUCUAUUUCCUUUUUGGCUUCAACUUGCCGCGAGUACUGAUUUCUGUUUGAAUAUUGCUGUUGGAAAUGAGCAUUGCGUUCGUACAGUAAUCCGGCUUCUUGAAGCAAGGCAACAUCUGGAAAGAGCAUUUGAUUUAUUGUUUGAACAAUUGGAAAAGAACAAAGAUCACGAUAAUAUCAUGUCAGAAUGGCUCGACGAGACGAUGAAGUUUUGCUCUCGGCAGUCUUCAAAAAACGAAACUAGUGAUCGAAUGAUGCGAGUGUUUCAAUUUGUUUCUGAAAGAGUCGCAGAAUUUGAAGAAGAUUCUGAAAAGCAGAAAAAGAUGGACGAGAGUCUUCGAACAAUGUGCAGACAGAUAUUGUCGACUGGAACAAAAUAUGCGAAACAACUAGUGGAUAAAUUACUUGAAAGUCCAUCUUUUGUUGAGUCAACCUUCGAAGACAAUGGUGGCCUUCUUCUCGAUAUAAUGGCGUCUUGUGAAUAUGAAGCCGAAUUGUAUCAAGAAAUGAUAUAUUUAAUAAGAGAAGAAAAUCUGUCCCUUGCUCAGAAACUAGAGAUGGAAGUGAGUCGUCGUGCACCUUUGAUGCACAAUCCGAACUGCAUCACAUGUGAGCAGCCUAUGCACAAAAGUGGAUACGUCUUCCGAUGCGGUCAUUUCCAACACAUUGAAUGCUCGACAAACAUUGAUCGUACUUGUACUUGUGAUGGAAUACCUGAUCGACUCGUUGUGCCACGCGAAAAGCCUGAUAGGCCGGAGAAGCGAAAUAUUUUUGAAAAUUGGGACACGAAGCUGAACUGUCGAGUUUUUCCUAAAGAUUCUUCCUAGAUCCUGUAAAUAUCCAAAAGUGUCCUUCAAAUUUCUAGUCUGGUUUGUACCAGUGUUUAUUCUGCCCCCUAUAAACGGUGUCUCCUACAAUUGUGAUUGGUGCUAAAUUUUAUUUUGUGAAUAGACAUAAAUACAUAUUGUUUCUAUUUUUCACGGGAAUUUGUCAUUUUUUCAUAACCUGCAAUAAAUUAUUAAAUAUU